UGACAUUGAUCAAAUCAUGUAGGAAUAAUAAAAUUUAAACAAAUAAUAAAUGAGAAAACAACGAACUGUGGCAGGCAUAAUAAAUUAACUUUAGAUUGGAUUAUUAUAAAUUUUGCUAAAGAAAAGGAAGGAUCUAAAGAAGAUAAAAAUGCCGAGUGAAAUGAUAACUCUGCAACUUGGUCAAUGCGGAAAUCAAAUCGGCUUCGAGUUUUGGAAACAACUGUGCAUCGAACAUGGCAUAUCUCCAGAGGGCAUUUUGGAGGAGUUCGCAUCUGCAGGGUCGGAUCGGAAAGACGUAUUCUUCUACCAAGCAGACGACGAUCAUUAUAUACCGCGCGCUGUUUUGCUCGACUUGGAACCUCGAGUUAUCCAUACAAUUAUGAAUUCACCAUAUGCUAAGCUUUAUAAUCCUGAAAAUGUUUAUUUAUCAAAACACGGUGGAGGUGCGGGCAACAACUGGGCAUCAGGAUAUGCACAAGGAGAGAAACUCAAUGAGGAAGUAUUUGAUAUAAUUAACAGAGAAGCAGAUGGUAGUGAUAAUUUAGAGGGAUUUGUCCUCUGUCAUUCAAUUGCUGGUGGCACAGGGUCAGGAAUGGGUUCCUAUAUAUUGGAACAUUUAUCAGACAGAUUUCCCAAAAAGCUGGUACAGACUUACAGUGUCUUCCCUAAUCUUGAUGAAAUAAGUGAUGUAGUGGUUCAGCCAUAUAACUCAUUGCUUACAUUGAAGCGUUUAACGGAGAGUGCGGAUUGUGUGAUGGUGCUGGACAACACGGCUCUCAACCGAAUCGCCAGUGACCGGCUGCACAUACAGAACCCCUCAUUUGCACAGAUCAACACUUUAGUGUCUACUAUAAUGAGUGCCAGUACUGCUACACUAAGGUAUCCAUCGUACAUGAACAAUGACCUGAUCAGCCUGGUGGCGCCCCUCAUCCCCACGCCGCGUCUGCAUUUCCUUAUGACGGGGUACACUCCACUCACAGCUGAUCAUGAACUCAACACUGCACCAAAGAUUAGAAAAACGACAGUACUAGAUGUAAUGCAAAGAUUGCUGCAGCCAAAGAAUAUGAUGGUCUCACUUAGCCCUGACCGCACAAAUCAGCAUUGCUACAUAUCUAUACUCAAUAUUAUACAGGGUGAAGUGGACCCGUCGCAAGUGCACAAGUCACUGCAGCGCAUCAGGGAGCGGAAGUUGGCCUCAUUCAUCCCAUGGGGGCCUGCCUCUAUACAAGUGGCGCUCUCACGACGCUCGCCUUACGUGCACGCCUCGCAUAAAGUGUCGGGAUUAUUGUUGGCCAACCACACAAACAUUUCCUCCCUAUUCGACAGAUGUCUCCAACAGUUCGAUAAAUUGCGCAAACGAGAAGCUUUCCUCGAGGUGUUCCGAAAAGAGCCCAUGUUUAAGGAAUCAUUGGAGGAGUUCGAUGAGUCUCGCGGUGUGGUCGACGACCUCGUGCAGGAGUACCAGGCGGCCGCCACACCAGACUAUGUGCAUUGGAAUCCUGAGAGCAGUCAAAUAUAACAAAGGCCACAUACAAGGAGACUCCAUGUGGUGGUAAGGUAGCCCUUGCUGUAAGCAUUCCAAAGGAUAGCGGAACCAAGUGAAAGUUUUACUCGGAGAAUCUCUGUCGUAUUUUUUAAUAAAGUGCCAUGUAAUACUGUAAUCUCAAAAACGUUAAUUAUGCAUAAGAAUCCUCCAAGUCCACUGACCUAUCUGGACAGGUCACUAGUUGAAAAUUACGUAUUUGCUUUGUUCAGACAUUAUCCUCAAAAUGAAGAAAGACAAAUCGGCACAAUAGCUUCUAGCCUGUCUUAUUGUAUGUCAGUGACUAAAUCUCAUUUUAUUAAAAGCCUAGAUCUUAUUAUUGGUUGGUAGGUGACAAAAAAUGAAAAAUUUCUUAUAAGAAUUUAUUAUUAAUUACAACUAACUCUCAACAUUCCCUUUGCAUCACUCCCGUGCGUAACACAUUGCGGUUUCUAUGCCACGAGUAAAGCAGUAAAAAUCAUAUCACAAAUUAAUCGCAAAAACAGAUUAACAAUGUAAUUGUUUAAGUGUUAUGUAUUGUAACGAUUCGUUAUUUUAAUUAGUCUGUGUUAAAUUACAAUAAUAAACUGUUUAAUUAUUAAUUGGAUUUUUCAUUUUACUAAGUACCCACAAAUGUUACAAAAGAGCACAACCUACACCAUUUGCUUACAUUUACAUCACUUUAUAUUCAAUAAGUAUGGCUUUAUUUACAUAGUACAAGGUUAACAAAAGCG